ACACCUGUGCGCGGGCAGCUCCAAGGUUGAGAGAGGCAAUGGAGGCAGGAGCGGGUGACUGUCACCCUGUGACUCCCGGGCACGGCCGGCGGGAAGCCGGGGGGCAGCCUGCAGAAAGCAAGCCCUGUUCCGGGCUGUUUCUGCGCUGUGUUGCUUUUGAAAAAUACAGCCCGUUCUCUCAGCAGGGCAUCGCAGGGCCACCUAAAGUGACUGCGGGUCGAAACUGUGCAAAGUUAUUAAUCAACGGGGAAAACGACGAUUGUUCCCUGAUCUUGAAAAACUUUGGCAAAAUAUUAAAAGCUCUGUCACUGUUGGUUGUAAACGUUUGGGGAAAUGAGGAAGAUAGUAAAGUGAGUACUUAUCUAGUGCACUGUGUUUAAAACAUCAGAAACACGGAGAAGUGUUUCAUUUCUUUGUGAAAGCACGAGUGGUUUGAAGGGUGUUGGCCUGGUCGGCAUUACCACUUCUCAUUUGUUUGCUGCACUCUGUUGGCCUGUCCCUCUUACUGCUCAUCCGUUUCUAUAAAAUGUCACUUAUCACUGGGGGACAAGGAGGCAACAGGACCGCACUUUGCUGCCUGUGCGUGAUGAAUGACAGGUGCAGGGACCAAUCACAGACCGACUUUGAAAGGCGUGACGGGAUUGGUCACUGAUGCUGACGCACGUCUGUUAUCUGUGCGGUGAUUUGUGGACUGGAGAGAGGGCAGAGACGUACUUUAGGGAGCUGCUCACAGUUCUUAUACCUGGUAACUGAAAUUUGAGCUGUGUUGUUAGGGGAUUGGUGUAAUUUAACUAAAUUGUGCUAACUGAAAUUCAUAAAAAAUCAGAACCAUGCAAAGUGAGGACUGCCUGUAAUCCAGGAUCAGUUUCUGAUUGAGGUUUUUGAUAUAUUUGGUUCAGAACAUAGACUGUUGGCGAGGUUGAGGGUUGGGCCUAACAUUGACAAUGCCGAGUGUUUUCAGGCUGUGGUUGGUCUGUAAUGUGACGCUCACUAUUCUCUCGGCCCCGGAUGUGCAGUGCAAGGAAUUGUCACCGUGAGUGCAAAGGACAAGCUUCAGAUCCUAACUUGGUGUGUGCUGUGUGGCCUUUGACAAGGCACUUGACCUCUCUGAGCCUUUCUUGCCUCACCUGUGAAAGGGACCCGCCAUCAGCGCCUGCUGCUGGGCAACUGCUGAAGACGGAGCUGGGGUCCUUCUUCACGGAGUACCUGCAGAACCAGCUGCUGACGAAAGGCAUGGUGAUCCUGCGGGACAAGAUCCGCUUCUACGAGGGACAGAAGCUGCUGGACUCGCUGGCGGAGACGUGGGACUUCUUCUUCAGCGAUGUACUGCCCACCCUGCAGGCCAUCUUCUACCCGGUGCAGGGCAAGGAGCCCUCGGUGCGCCAGCUGGCCCUGCUGCACUUCCGGAACACCAUCACCCUCAGCGUGAAGCUGGAGGACGCGCUGGCCCGCAGCCACGCCCGCGUGCCCCCCGCUAUCGUACAGAUGCUGCUGGUGCUGCAGGGGGUGCAUGAGUCCCGGGGCGUGACCAAGGACUACCUGCGCCUGGAGACGCUGAUCCAGAAGGUGGUGUCGCCCUACCUGGGAACCUACGGCCUCUACUCCAGCGAGGGCCCCUUCACGCACUCCUGUAUCCUGGAGAAGCACUUCCUGCGCCGCUCCCGCUCGGGCGACGUCCUGGCUAAGAACCCAGUGGUGCGCUCCAAGAGCUACAACACGCCGCUGCUGAACCCCGUGGCGGAGCAUGAGGCCGAGGGCGCGGCGGCCGGCGGCCAGGGUAUCCGCCGGCACUCGGUGUCCGAGAUGACGUCCUGCCCUGAGCCCCAGGGCUUUGCUGACACGCCCGGCCAGGGCCCCACCGGGGCCUUCAGACCCUCCCCGGCGCCCCCGUCAGGGCCCUGCCCCGGCAGACUGUACCCCCCAGCCCAGCCCCCUGAGCCCGGCCCGGGCCCGGCCCGCGGCUCCCCGCCCUCCUCCAGCCCUGAGAACCUGGUGGACCAGAUCCUGGAGUCCGUGGACUCGGACUCCGAAGGGAUCUUCAUUGACUUUGGCCGGGCCGGUGGCUCGGGCGCCUCUGAGUUUGAGGGGGCCGGGGGGCGGCAGAGCAUCGUGUGAGGGCGGGUGUUUUUACUGACCCCGUGUGUGUGCCUGUGUGGUGUGUGCGUGCACGAGUUUUUUACUGUGUCCCGUCCAGUUCCUGUCAGCCAUGGCCGCCUGGGCAUCCCCCAGUCCUCGGAAUAACUGUCGCCGCCCCGACCCCAGCACGCUCCAUCCUGGGGCAUCGGCGUCGGUGGCUUCACCUGCCUCACGGGUCACCGGGUGCCACGGGGCAACCUCGUGUGUGUGGAACGGGCGUCGCCACUCACUGCACCCGCGGCCCUCCAGCAUCCACGCCCGCAGAGACUGUGAAUCCGGGGCUCGGCCAGGCCGCCAGGGUGACCCCCAGCGCGACGGGGGUCGGUAGCAGACCUGCCGUCCCCCUCCCCACUCACCUCAGGCCACAGCGUCACCUCCUGUGUGUGGCUGUCCCAGACCCUCCGAGCAGCCUGUCCUCGCUCUGCCUGGGGUGGCCGUGGGCAGGAAGAGGGUGGAAUAAAACUUGUCUACCCCACUCCCGAGCUCGUGUCUGCGACACCAAGCCCCGUGGACGUCCCCCAGGGUCCGCGCCCUCAGAGACCGCUCAGAGGGGCAGGUUCCUGUUACCCGGUUUCUCUGUCUCUUCCUGACAGAGGGGCCCGGAGACCCCAGAAGGAAGAGCUGGAAGACCCGACAGCGUC